AUGUCGCCAGUCCCCCCCAAGAACCUCAAGGAGUGGCACACGCCGAGCUCGCGCACCGAGGUCAUCCACGAGCUCAUCCAUGGCGUUGACAGGUAUAACCCGUCCAACCUGAGCUUCAUGGAGGAGUACCUCCAGAGCCAGAUCGCGAGCAGCGAGUACGACCUGCUGGCGAACCUUGCUAUCUUGAAGCUCUACCAGUUCAACCCCCAGCUCUCCAACCCCGACGUCAUUCUCAACAUCCUUAUCAAGGCGCUGAGCGCCACUGUUCACGGCCCAGACUUCAACCUCUGCCUCGCGCUCCUCCGCGAGCCGGCCGCGAUCGUUCACGACAUUGACUCUGACGACGAGAGCCUCAUCAUCGCCAUGCCCUUCCUCCAGAACCUCCACGAGCUCGUGCGCACCUGCCAGUUCACCAAGUUCUGGGCCGAGUUCAACGGGUCGAGCGAGGCCGCACAGCUCCUCCGCUCCAAUCCCAACUACUUCCCGGCCCACGAAGACCUCGUGCCUAAGCUCCGCAACCAGUUUGCAUCGACCAUCGCUGCGUCCUUCUCCCGCGUCCGCCUCGCUCAGCUUGCCCGCUGGCUCGACCUUAAGCCUGCUGAGGUGCCCGCCUGGUGCAAGGAGGCUGAGUGGUCGGUUGACGGCGAGGUUGCCGUCGUUCCGGAGAACGGUGACAACAACGUCAAGGCGGGUGUAGUCAAGGAGAACGUGCAGCUUAAGCAGCUCACCAAGCUCGUCGCCGCCGCGGCGUACUAGACUAUAGGCAUGCAUCGUGUAUAACUAG